AUGGACAAACACGCGAAGGCGUCGAAACUUCCUUCGGGGGGGAAGGGGGAGAGGCGUUUAAGCAUGUUCGAGAAAGACAACUAUACACAGAUCGUAAAAGACAGAAUGAGAAGUUCAAGCCAUGAAGUUCACGGUAUGGAACCAAUGGAUGAUGAAUCGUUUGCAGAGUUUGGAAGAAGUGAAAUAUUUACAUUGAAGACUAGCAUUGCAAAAAUAAGAUAUGCCAAUACAUACAAAAUGGAGCCAUAUAGGAAAUUCCAGGCUCAUUUAGUAAGAAACAAAGCUCAACAUAUACUAACGCAACGACUUCAAGAAACCAAGUAUAAUGGUGCGACUAGUAGCUUCUUGUGUAAUUCAAUCUCAGAAGAAAUAUUAACAGCUGUCAAGGACAUGGGCUUUGAUCGCUAUAAGUACGUAGUAACAGUUCUAAUCUUGCAAAAGACUGGUCAGGCAAUAAAAAUCUCCAGCAGAUGGGUCUGGGAUGUUGCAAGGGACAACUGGGUUUCAGCUAAAUGUGAAACAGAAUCCUUUGUUUCAUUGGCUUUGAUAAUGGCUUGUUACUAUGAGUAG